GCAUCUCGGCGAUAAACUUUCUACCGAGCUCGGUGCAGGCAUGUGGGCAACUAAGAACGUCACAUCCCAAGUCGCCCAGUAUGUGUCUCGGGAGCUGCAAGUUCUCAACCGGGAGCUUCAGGUCAUUAGCAAUACUGCUGCUUCCAUGUUCGGCAAGGCUGCCAAGGCCAGCAAUUAUACCGCAACAACUCUCACCAAAGAUCUGAUGGCCAUACAGAAGGACUUGGUCAAGUUCACCAAAGGCCUUUCGACCUCUGUCAAGGACAAGGUCGAACUUGCCAAGAGUAGCUCCAAGUCCUUGAUCUCCUCGCAGCUUUCUCUGUCCCGUGAGCGGAUUCAAGGCUUCAAGAAAGCAUGUCAGCGGAAGCGGGCAGGCAAGCCAGUCUCAAAGCCGUCACUGGAGAAAAGGCUCGACGCAUGGGCCGAGAAGAACAUCGGAAUCUAUGCUGAAGUCAAAGCCUUGCAGUCCGAAGUCCGCGAUGUCCAGAAGUUGGGCAAGACGCUUCGCGAGUCACGGGAGGCUGAGGAAAAGAGGAAGGUGGAGAAAGUGAAGCGUGCAUAUAACGUUCGUGGUAAUCGCUAAGGAUAUCAUGAUCUGGCAACCAGCAUUGGCGUUUUAGAUUUCGUUGUUUUCUGUCUUGAGAUAUCACUGGCGCACAAGAGGCAUAGGGUUGGAGCUGGCGCUGGGACAUGGACGAUUUGAUGGGAUUGAUGAGAUGAUACCAAGGAACAGACACCACGCGAGAGAUACCAAGAAUCCCUGCCUUCUGACUUACAGCACGGCGCCUUGGAGUACGUACGAGCCAACGAAUGAUUUUCUUUGGUAGGGCAGUGGUUAUCCUACUUUACAUAUAUCGCUAUUACAUACAGCCAUGGACUCUC